UACAAAAAGUGACCAAUCACCAUAACCCGCACCAGCCAUUCCCUCAUCGGGUAUAAGAAGGGGGUGAAAGCGGGUGGGCAUCGGCGUUGUCUGUUAACAUAUUUUCCAUUGUAAUCGGUUUGCUACUAUGUCUGGAAGAGGUAAGAGCGGCGGCAAAGUUCGCUCCAAGGCCAAGUCUCGCUCCUCCCGGGCCGGACUGCAGUUCCCGGUGGGCCGCGUUCACAGGCUGCUAAGGAAGGGUAACUACGCUGAGCGUGUGGGUGCCGGAGCCCCGGUCUACCUGGCCGCCGUGCUGGAGUACCUGACGGCUGAAAUCCUCGAGCUGGCCGGCAACGCGGCCCGGGACAACAAGAAGACCCGCAUCAUCCCCAGGCACCUGCAGUUGGCCGUCCGCAACGACGAGGAGCUGAACAAGCUGCUGGGAGGGGUGACCAUCGCUCAGGGCGGGGUGCUGCCUAAUAUCCAGGCCGUGCUAUUGCCCAAGAAGUCCGGCGCCUCUGCAGCCGCCAAGACCAAGUGAAGCGACCAUUCUU